UUGACAAUUCAAUUGAGUUGGUUGCAAAACUCUCACAAAACUCACAAAUUGAGAAUGUCUGGAAACAAUGUUCAGUGUAAGUCCGCAGCCUCCGGCAGUUUACCAGACAGCUUUCCGGAUGGUCUCCGGGUGCUUGUUGUAGAUGAUGAUCAAACUUGUCUCAUGAUCUUAGAGAAAAUGCUGAAAAAAUGCAACUAUGAAGCAAUUAUGUGCAAUAAAGCGGAGGUUGCUUUAUCAUUGCUUAGGGAAAAAGACAAUGUGUGUGAUAUAGUUUUGAGUGAUGUCUAUAUGCCGGAUAUGGAUGGAUUUAAACUCCUCGAACACAUCGGGCUCGAAAUGGAUCUUCCGGUCAUUAUGAUGUCAGCCGAUUACAACAAACAUGUAAUGAUGGAGGGUGUAAAUCACGGUGCAUGUGAUUAUAUACUCAAACCCAUUAGUAUGGAGGCGUUGCGCGGUAUAUGGCUACACGUUUUUCGAAGGAAACGAAAGGAGAAAGCUUUUGAGCCGUUAACAAGUGCUGAUGAUGUUGACCAACGUCAGAAAGUUCCAGAAGAUGUUGCCAAUUUGUCUUCUGGAAACGAAGGGCAUAACUCGAAAAAUGCAAAGAGAAAAGAAUACGAGGAUGGGUCUGAGGAACGAGAGGAGACUUCUUCUUCGAAGAAGCCUCGUUUCGUUUGGUCUAUUGAGCUUCAUCAAAAGUUUUUAGCAGCUGUUAAUAAGCUCGGGCUUGACAAAACUGUCCCCAAAAAAGUCUUGGAGCUGAUGGACGUUCCAGGCAUAACCCGAGAAAACAUCGCGAGCCAUCUUCAGAAAUACCGACUUUAUCUCAAACGCCUCGAUGAGUCGAAAGACUCGAGCGCAAUCGAUACCUCAUUUAUGGAGACCAUCAAUCGAGGCCAUGACCUUAUGGCGUUGGCGGGUAGGGGUCCGCACUCUGGUCAUUACCUCACGCCUCUUCAAACUUCGGUUCUUGAUCGUUUAAACAACUCAAGAUCCUCGAUUCCUAUGCCGCUCGUUGAUCAAAGAAACACAUUUAUCUUUGAGAAUCCAAGAUUUUAUGGCAAUGCAACAAAUAUGGAACCAAAGCAGUUCAUGGGCUUGAAUCAAUCCAACCAAUAUGCAUUCAAUGGUGUUAACAGUCAACUAUUGGGGCCAAUGGCUGGUCAAGGCCAGGGUCCAAGUACAAGUCAACCUAUUUUUCCUAAUGGAAUGUUGACACAAGGCAUUGGAUCCAGCAUAUCAGGAAGUGGGAUUGUUCCAGGUUACAACUUUUUCAAUGAUGCAAACCAGGUCAGACCCGAAACAGGCUCGGCAAACAUGACCUUCAGCGAUUGGUUGGCUCAUUCUUCUACCCAGACCACGCGGUUCCCCGCACCUUUUGCAAUCGAUGACGGAAGUGGGACCCAUCGUAACGGCACAGGGGAAAACCAAGAGGACCUCCUUAGUGCACUUCUUGAUCAGUCGCAUGUAGGCGUUGGACAACCAGAAGAUGAUCUUGUGUUUGGCGGGCCGUAUGCUUUUGAUGAUCUUCCCGGAGCACCUUAGCCAUUUUUACAAGUUCUUUAUAAGCUAGUAAUAUGUAGUAGUGUUUAAUGUUGUUUGUUUGGCAGAGAGCACUGUGUGCAUAGGCAUAUGCACAUGAAUUUUUGAAUGUUUUUAUUGGUAAAAACAUCCAAAAAUUCAAAUUUUGUUAAGUGUAGAUCUGUUGUUUUUUUCUAAUGUUGGUUGUAUGCGUAUGGAUUUGUUUUGAACGUUGAGGUUUUCUGUUUGUUA